AUGAGACAAGAGCGAGACGAAGCGAGAAGAGCGGGUGGAUUGCCGAAAGGAACACAAGUCGCGAAAGAUUCGACGACUCGCGCUUGCAUACGUCACGUACGAAAAGGAGAAUCAACGCUGGGAGCAACGACUACGAGCGACGAGCUCUAUCGGACGCCUCGGUGCCGUGGCCGGGGCCGGGGCCGGGGCCGGGGCCGGGGCCGAGGCGCCGUUGCACGCCGACGGACGGAGCAGCGUUGCCACUUCCUCGCCGCGGCCGCGGUCGCGGCCACCGCCACCGCCGUUGCACCGUCGUUGCCACGUCCGCCGCCGUUACGUUCCACCGCUGGGAACGACGACGACGACGACGACGACGAUCACUUCUGCCACGCUGCUGCUGUUUCAGCACAGAUUAACAACAUGGAGGCAAAGGAGAGGGAAAAGCCGUUGGUCAAAGAUUUGAACGAACAUAUCGUGUGCCCCCUGUGCAGAGGAUAUCUCAUAGACGCUACGACUCUUGUGGAAUGUCUGCACUCCUUUUGCAGAGGUUGUAUCGUUCGACGUCUGAGUAGUGGCGCCCGCGCGUGCCCCGUGUGUAGCGUCGCGACGUCACCACCUCUCUUGCCGGAUACGCUGCUCCAACGGCUGGUGUACCUUGCGGUGCCUGGUCUCUUCCGGUCGGAGCUUGAACGUAGAUGCCAUUUCCGUCUGGUGAAUCCGCAAUGUCCGCCGUUGGCACCGCCCGUGGGUGCUCUCGAACUUACUCUGGAUGAUCUCGUCAGUCUGAGUUUGCAAGAGCUAGAGGACACGGAAGAUGAAAUGCCGAAGAAAGAACGCGGCUCGUCGAAGAAGGAUGUGUCGAUGGAGAACAAAAGUAGAAGCGGAAGCACGAGGUAUCUCAAGUGCCCAGCUGCCGUGACAGUACGUCAUCUGGUGAGACUGCUAGUGCUGAAAAGAGGUUGGGAAGAGGCUAACGCGACCGUCAACGGUGUCAUUAAUAGGAUAAAGAUUUUAUACCAGAAACAUGAGACGCAGCACCCCGACGAGUUAAAUAUGUAUCCGCUGGAUCCCUCUUGGACACUUCUAGAUCUUGCUUGCAUAUUUCAAUGGAAGAGGGAGGCGCCAAUGAAACUAUUCUACCGGGUGUUGGGAAAAGAAGGACAGGUUUUAAUCUCAAAAGUUCCCGUUUACAAAGACGACGUGACCAAGGAUGUUCCGCCGGCGAUGGAAAAUAUACAGCGACCACCGACCCCACCACCCAGUCCCAAGCCCAAUCGUGAGUACGAAGAGGAAGCUUGUAACGCGGAGCCACCUCGUGCUCUCGAAACAAAUGUCAAUGUUCGCGACAAAGAGAUAAAAACGAAAAAACCACGUUGUGAGGUGACUCCCGUUAUGCGUACCCCGGAUCCUCCGUCAACCAUUGAACUGUCGACAAGCAAUCGUCAUCGGUCGCUAGAGAAAACGAAGAACAAGGAUAUGGCAAGAUUGGAACAUCGAAAGAGGCACAAACGACACAAGCGAGUGAUCGCGGAGAUCACCACAGUGCCGCGCGAGGAUCUCUUGAAGCUUAAGGUCCGUCUGACGCCGCGUCCUCCGAGGAUUACUUCCGGGGCGACAGGCGGUGGAGGGAGUGGAAGCGGAGGUGGUGCAAAUAGUCAAACGAAGGAGAAACUGUUACAGAUGCGAGCAGUUAGACGCGACAAGCUCAAAGCGAUUGCAGUGCAGCAGCGAUCGCCGACGAGUCCAGUAGCUCGAGAGGAAACCAAAUCCAAAGAGUGCGUCGUAAUAGAGACGGAAGAAACGAUCGAGGAUAUCAUCGACAGCAUUCCUGACGAGGUCGUGCGUAUCGCGCAGAACAUAAACAAUCAAAACGAAGAAACUAAGUUCAAGGAGUGUUCCACGGCGAAAAAGAUUAAUAAGGAGGUGCCGGAACGAACGAAAACACCGGAGAGUAGUGACGAAUCGGAGAGUCCGAAGAAAGACGAGGAGAUUCUGCGGCGACUAGGUUUGAUAGCCGUUAAUGAAGCCAGCGGUGACAGAACGGCGAAGCAACGAACACAAAGUGGCAUCGACAAAGUGGACAACCUGAACCAUGACAAGCUAGAGAAGCAGUUGCGCGAAAACAAGGCAAACCGCGUGCGAAGCUUACUGGCGGAGAAGAAGAUGCGUGACGCCCUCAAGACUAUUAUCUCCAAGAAGGAGGAAUUAACACCGUCCGUCAUAAAGACACCAGCGUCCGUUCUUACUUCCGCCACCGCUGCUGUCACCGUCGCCACACCCGUGCCUACCGCGCCCGUGGCUGUGCCUGUCAUGCCGAAGAUGAAGGAACCACCACCGUUGACGCCUAUACGCGUCGCGAAAUCAUCCAGUUUUGCCGCGACCAGCGUGAUAGUGUCGAAUAUCACUUCCAAAUAUGAAACGCCAUUAGAUCUCAGCAGCGGCGGUACUACCGUCAACGACAACGACAACGACAACGACAACGUUCUCGAUUUGUCUGCUACGUUACCCGGCAGCAACCAUCUUCCAUCUUUCUCGUCCUCCUCCUCAUCUUCUCUCACCUCUUCCUCAUCUUCCUCUUUACCGCCGUUGUCGAAACUGUCAGCGCGAUCCACAACCGGUGGCACGGUCGUCCGUAAAUCCAAGGAGCUGGAACAGCAACGCGGCAAAGGACAGCAAGAAUCGAAUCUGAAGACUCUUUCGGAUGUCGCAGUGUCACGUAUGAGUAGUACCGAAAAGAAUUCGCCGGUAGAAUCUCUAACCUCCGCAAACGUAAACGCCGCCGCUAAUAAGGUUGCUUUGCGCAUACCACAGCCGCAUCAUCGCAUUUCCGGUUUUGGCAUGAAAAGUAAGCCUAACCUCGGUGUCCGCCACAUCCCAAACCCCCAAGUCGUGGUCUCCCAAUAUCGUAAUCAAAAGUUACUUCAACGCAAUUACUACAAUAUCGUCCAGAAGCCAUAAUAAACGCGUGUCUUUUAUCGCUAAUAUAACUUAUCCCUUAUUCCCUGCCCCUCUUUCUUUAUUAUUUCCUUAUAAUAUAAAAAUCACAUUUCAAUCGUUAAUUCUCCAUCCGCAUCUUGGACUUCAAAGGCA